CAGCAACUGCUGUUGCCCACUGCAAGAGAGGAAAUGGCCUCAUAAAAGUGAAUGGAAGACCUCUGGAAAUGAUUGAGCCCAGAACUCUGCAGUAUAAACUGCUUGAACCUGUCCUCCUCCUGGGGAAGGAACGGUUUGCUGGUGUCGACAUCAGAGUCCGUGUCAAGGGUGGUGGCCACGUAGCACAAAUCUAUGCUAUCCGUCAGGCUAUUUCCAAAGCAUUGGUGGCUUACUAUCAAAAAUAUGUUGAUGAAGCUUCCAAGAAAGAGAUCAAGGAUAUUCUAAUCCAGUAUGACAGGACCCUGCUGGUUGCAGAUCCUCGCCGUUGUGAAUCCAAGAAAUUUGGAGGACCUGGUGCUCGUGCACGCUACCAGAAGUCUUACCGUUAAAAUUGUUCUAACAUCAUGUGACAGUCAAUAAACAAAGAAAAUUUGAUAAAUU